UUCACAAAAGUGUAUUUUUAAGGAUGGCUGUGUUUGGUUUGCGUAUUGUUUCGGAAAGUGUGAAUUAAAUAGGUUCACCAUUAAAUUAGAACUGAAUUUCUCUACAUAUGAUGAUACACUAUUUUAAAAAAAACCUAGAGAGGGUUCUAAGCAGUAAUAUAAAGAUAAUAUUUUUUGGGCUGGUAAAAAAAAUGCCAAUCAUUUGAUCCUCAUUAAGUGUGCAUCUACUUAGAAUUGCUAUUGUUGUUAAUGACUUUCUAAACUUGCAUGAUCAUUGAAGGUGGAGGGGGCAAUGUAGUCACUUUACUGAUAUUUGCCACGAAACAAGGUUUGCCUUAUCCAAAUGCUACCUGGAUUCACCUGCUUCUGUAUAGACACAGGCUGAGUUUUCUCCCCCUACAUCAUUUUGCGUCUUGCCUGGUGCUUUGUUUUGCAGUAAAAGAGCAAGCUUUCUUCUUUAUUUCCCUAUGCUAAGGAUGUAAAGAAGGACUUCGACAUAGUUAUGUAUUUAUUUCCAACAAGCAAGUUAAAACCACUGUAAUAAAUACCUGGAGAAACUACACUAGAGCCUUGACAAUUUCAGAAAAAAGUCAAGCUGGUUAAUAAGUAAGAGGCAUUUUUACACAGGAUUCUCAUAAGGUUUUGAGCAGAUGUGCCUGUGGAUCUCAAAGAACAGCUGCAAGCUUUUGAAAGCUGGGAAAACGACAGAUUGUUGGAGGAAAAUGCAAAGCAGUGAAUGGAUUUUUCCCCACCUUGAUCCUUUGCAUAUAUGGCUUCUUCUCCUUGAUGAGACCAUCUGAGGCUUUCUUGACUCCUUAUCUUGCUGGGCCUGAUAAAAACCUGACUAUUGAUGAGGUGACGCAGCACGUUUUCCCUGUUUGGACAUACUCCUACUUGGCUCUACUAAUCCCAGUAUUCCUGAUCACAGACUAUGUACGCUAUAAGCCUGUCAUUAUCCUCCAGGGAGUUAGUUUCCUGAUCACCUGGCUGCUGCUUUUAUUUGCAUAUGGUGUGCCUGCCAUGCAGCUGGUGGAAUUUUUCUAUGGCAUGGUGACUGCCACAGAGGUUGCCUAUUAUGCCUACAUAUACAGUGUUGUCAGUCCUGACCAUUACCAAAAAGUCACUGGCUAUUGCAGAAGCAUCACUCUCGUGGCAUCCACCAUAGGUUCCUUGCUGGGCCAGCUUCUAGUCUCUCUGGCCCAUGUCUCUUAUUUUUACCUCAAUGCCAUAACCAUGGCCUCUGUCUCUGUGGCCUUUAUGUCUUCAUUUUUUCUACCCAUGCCUCAAAAAAGUAUGUUCUUUCAUAGAACGUCUUCCCCAGAAGCACCCAUCGGACCAACAGAUAAGGAUCCACCAAAUGUCUCAGGCCAGCCAAGCCACCAAUGGGAUCCGUGUGUUCCAACAACAUCAUCCGCCAACUUCCAGAAUGUGCCAGUAGAUCAACUGCCCAAAAUAAAAGACCAGAAUCGCUUUCUGACCGUGCUUCUCCAGCUCUGUAAAGACUUGAAGGAAUGCUAUACCACAAAGAAACUCCUUUACUGGUCAAUAUGGUGGGCAUUAGCCACUGCAGGAUUUAACCAGGUUUUGAAUUACGUCCAAGUACUGUGGGAUGCUAAAGCACCUUCCCAUAGCUCUCAAGUGUACAAUGGAGCUGUUGAAGCCAUAGCAACAUUCCUGAGUUCAGUAACAUCACUGGCUGUGGGAUAUGUGAAAAUGAACUGGGACCUUACAGGGGAGAUGGCGCUGGGAAUCUUCUCUGCCCUGGAUGCAGGUUCCCUGCUUCUGAUGCAUUUUACCAGCAACAUCUGGGUUUGCUAUGCUAGCUAUCUAGUUUUCAAGGCAUGUUAUAUGCUCCUUAUAACCAUAGCAACUUUUCAGAUUGCCAUCAGUCUCAGCAUGGAACGCUAUGCCUUAAUGUUUGGAUUCAACAACUUUGUUGCACUGCUAAUUCAAACUAUUGUGACUGUCACAGUGGUGGAUUCCAAAGGACUGGGACUGGAUAUUGGGACUCAGUUCCUAAUAUAUGGCAGUUACUUUGCAGUGAUAGCUGUGAUUUUCCUAAUCAGGAGUAUUUUUACGAUAACAUCACUCAAAUGCCAAAAGGAGUCAAAGAACCUGGUUGAAAAUCUUCAGAAGACUGAGGCAGAAGAGCAGAAUGCAGUCCGCUAUGACACAAGACUGUGACUUUAGCACCUUCAGCAAAAAACUACCUGAGAAUAAAGCUCAUUUUGGGGUUUGUUCAUCCACACAAUGUUAAUCAAGGAGGAGGAAGAAAUGGAAGCAAACAUGUUUGGUGCACCAUUGCAUUCCUAGUCAUUUGUGAGCCAGAGAGCAACUGCCUGGAGCAUCUUUCAAUUCCAAAUCAUUUUGCCAGGUCAUGGCUGUUUAUUUUUUUAUCAAUUGCAUUUUUCAAUUUCAAAAACAAAAAUAGAAUUUUGAAUUUUGUUGGUCUGAAUCUUCAGAAGUUAGGUUUAUCAUGUUUACACAACUUAUCGGACUAAAAUUUCCAGUUUUGGUCCUUGUUUAGCCUUCCUUAGUAUGAUAAGUUCACAUUCACCAAACGAAAGGUAAAUUAUGGCUUGUAAGUCACUUGUUGCAUGAGGUAAGUCACAUGGUAAACAUUGGACUGGCACUGAACAUACUACACAAGUGGGCAAGGUUUCUGGACUAUAAUCAGUGCCCUUUGGUGCUACACAUUUGUAGCUCUGCCUCCCUCUUGAAACUUGCAGCCUUUUGAAAUCAGGUGAAAACAUUGUUUUAAAAGACUCGUGGGCCCUCUCUGAUUUUCUGCUGUUUUGUGUACUUGCUGGAACUGCUUUGUUAAGCAGCAUAUAUUUCAAUGUUAUUUUCCAUAGUUUUAUUGUGAUUUGUAUAAAAUUUGUAUGGAUAUUAGUCAUCUUGCAGACUCAUUAGCUGAAAAAGCAGGAAAGGAAUGGAGUAAAUAAAUAGUGUGAAUAUUAAGUAUUUGCGAGAA